AUGGUGAGGAAGAAGAGAACUGAUGGUUCGUCUGAGGGAGGUGAAGGGUCAGGCUCCCGUGAAGGUGGUCCACCUUCAGGUGGUGGACGUGGUGGUUAUCAACAGGGUGGAGGCAGAGGAGGAGGACAGCAGCAAGGUGGGAGAGGAGGAGGACAGCAUCAAGGUGGGAGAGGAGGAGGACAGCAGCAAGGUGGAAGAGGUUAUAGUCCUCAGUCUCAACAGGGAGGUCGUGGUGGUGGUGGUGGUGGUCGUGGAUAUGGCCAGCCAGUACAGCAGUACGGUGGACCAAGAGGAGGCCAACAACCACCACAACAGUACGGUGGACCAAGAGAAGGCCAACCACCACAGUACCAGCACCAACAACAGUACGGUGGACCAAGAGGAGGACCUCCUCGAGGUGGGUAUGGCGGUGGUGGCCGUGGUGGUGCACCCUCUGCUGGACCGCCACUGAGACAAUCAGUUCCCGAGCUGCAUCAAGCUACAUCACCAAAUUAUCAAGCGGUGUCUUCUCAGCCUACACCGUCUGUGGUGAGUCCUACACAGGUACCGGAUCCUUCUCCUCCGGUACAAGAAUUUGAACAGCUCUCUAUUGAACAAGGAGCUACCAGUCAGGCAAUCCAGCCUAUUCCAUCGUCCAGCAAAGCUUUUAAGUUUCCAAUGAGGCCUGGUAAAGGACAGGUCGGCAAGCGUUGCAUUGUAAAGGCCAACCACUUCUUUGCUGAGUUGCCUGACAAAGAUUUGCACCAGUACGAUGUUACUAUUACUCCAGAAGUCACUUCAAGGGGUGUUAAUCGUGCUGUGAUGAAAAAUUUGGUUGACUUGUAUCGUGAGUCACACCUUGGAAAACGUCUUCCUGCAUAUGAUGGUCGAAAAAGUCUCUACACUGCUGGGCCGCUUCCAUUUGUUUCCAAGGAAUUCAGAAUCUUGCUUCAUGACGAGGAAGAAGGGGCUGGGGGACAAAGACGAGAAAGGGAGUUCAAAGUUGUGAUCAAGCUUGCUGCACGUGCUGAUCUGCAUCACCUAGGAAUGUUUUUACAGGGGAAACAAGCUGAUGCCCCGCAGGAGGCUCUGCAGGUUCUUGAUAUUGUUCUUCGUGAGUUGCCUACUUCCAAGUAUACUCCUGUGGCCCGGUCAUUCUAUUCUCCUGAUAUAGGAAGAAAGCAAUCUUUGGGGGAUGGCUUGGAGAGCUGGCGUGGGUUCUACCAAAGCAUUCGUCCUACACAGAUGGGUUUAUCACUCAACAUUGAUAUGUCAUCGACAGCAUUCAUAGAGGCACUUCCUGUGACUGAAUUUGUUUGCCAGUUGCUGAAUAGGGAUAUUAGAUCCCGGCCUUUAUCUGAUGCUGAUCGUGUGAAGAUCAAAAAGGCUCUUAGAGGUGUCAAGGUUGAAGUGACCCAUCGAGGAAAUAUGCGCCGGAAGUACCGUAUUUCUGGCCUGACUGCUGUAGCCACUCGAGAACUGACAUUUCCUGUCGAUGAAAGAAACACCCAGAAAUCUGUUGUUGAAUACUUCUACGAAACAUAUGGCUUUCGCAUUCAGCACACACAGCUUCCGUGCUUGCAAGUUGGGAAUUCUAACAGGCCAAAUUACCUACCAAUGGAGGUCUGCAAGAUAGUUGAGGGUCAGAGAUACUCAAAAAGGUUGAACGAGAGACAGAUCACUGCUCUGCUGAAGGUGACUUGUCAGCGCCCCCAAGAACGAGAAAAGGAUAUCUUGAGGACGGUGGAGCUAAAUGAUUACAGUCACGAUCCCUAUGCUAAGGAGUUUGGCAUCAAGAUAAGUGCGUCUCUUGCUUCUGUUGAAGCUCGAAUUCUGCCUCCUCCAUGGCUCAAGUAUCAUGAAUCUGGAAGGGAAGGGACUUGUCUGCCACAAGUUGGUCAGUGGAAUAUGAUGAAUAAGAAAAUGAUCAAUGGCGGAACAGUGGGCAACUGGAUCUGCAUUAACUUCUCUAGGCAAGUGCCAGACAAUAUGGCACGUUCUUUCUGUCAGGAACUUGCUCAAAUGUGCUACACAUCUGGCAUGGCUUUUAAUCCGGAACCUGUCCUCCCACCAUUUAGUGCUCGCCCUGAGCAUGUUGAGAAAGUCUUGAAAACUCGAUAUCAUGAUGCCAUGGCCAAGCUAUCGGAUGGAAAAGAGAUUGAUCUUCUUAUUGUCAUUCUGCCAGACAAUAAUGGAUCAUUAUAUGGUGAUUUGAAGCGUAUCUGUGAGACCGAACUCGGCAUUGUAUCUCAGUGCUGCCUGACAAAGCAUGUCUUCAAGAUGAGCAAGCAGUAUAUGGCUAAUGUGGCUUUGAAAAUUAAUGUCAAAGUUGGAGGAAGGAAUACGGUGCUUGUUGAUGCCUUAUCAAGGCGAAUUCCUCUGGUCAGUGAUCGCCCUACCAUAAUCUUUGGUGCUGAUGUAACCCAUCCUCAUCCUGGAGAGGAUUCAAGUCCGUCCAUAGCUGCUGUUGUUGCUUCCCAGGACUGGCCUGAAGUUACCAAGUAUGCUGGACUAGUUUGUGCUCAGGCGCAUAGACAAGAGCUCAUCCAGGAUCUGUUCAAAGAAUGGAAGGAUCCGCAGAAAGGGGUGGUGACUGGUGGCAUGAUAAAGGAGUUACUUAUAGCCUUCCGUAGAUCAACUGGGCAUAAGCCGUUGAGGAUCAUAUUCUACAGGGAUGGAGUCAGUGAAGGACAGUUUUAUCAGGUUUUGCUCUACGAGCUUGAUGCCAUCCGCAAAGCAUGUGCUUCGCUGGAAGCAGGUUAUCAGCCACCAGUGACGUUUGUGGUGGUGCAAAAGCGCCAUCACACGAGGCUGUUUGCUCAGAACCAUAAUGAUCGUAAUUCAGUGGAUAGAAGUGGCAACAUUUUACCAGGCACUGUCGUGGAUUCCAAAAUAUGUCACCCUACGGAGUUCGACUUUUAUCUCUGUAGCCAUGCUGGUAUUCAGGGCACUUCCCGACCUGCUCAUUACCAUGUCCUUUGGGAUGAGAACAACUUCUCUGCUGAUGGACUCCAGUCUCUUACUAAUAACUUAUGUUACACGUAUGCGAGAUGCACUCGUUCUGUAUCCAUUGUGCCGCCUGCGUACUAUGCCCAUCUAGCAGCAUUCAGGGCUCGCUUCUACAUGGAGCCAGAGACAUCAGACAGUGGUUCGAUGGCAAGCGGGAGCAUGGCACGUGGAGGUGGUAUGGGUGGUAGAAACAUGCGUGGGCCUCACGUGAACGCUGCUGUGAGGCCACUCCCACCUUUGAAAGAUAACGUGAAGCGAGUUAUGUUCUACUGCUGA